UUUUUGUUUGGAUUUUGGGGGGAUUUUUUUUGUUUACUUGUCAUGAAUUUAAGCUUAAAUUUUUCACAGAUUUCAUGGAGUAUCCUCAACUUCUUUUAUUUUUCUUACUUUUCUUUUGCCAUUUUCAAUUAAUUAAAACUGCCCCCUCUUUCGAUGACAACGAAUUUGCUGAAUUUGAAAUUGCCGAUGAACCUCACGUUUCUUUUGCUAAUAAUGAUGUUAAAGAAGAAGGACAAAAAGUGGAUGAAGUAAAGGAGGAUGUUAGAGAAGCAGCUAAACAGACCGACCCAACCGAAGAUUUUUCCUUCCUGGCAGAUGAAGACGAAUUUGAACAGGCCGAAAAAGAUUUGGAGGCAAAUCAGGGUGAAGCAGAUACUGCUGGGAAGCAAGGCGAUACUAUUAAACCGUUGACUUUUGCUGAUGUUCCUUCACAUUUUCGUUCAAAUUGGUCAAGUUAUCAAAUUGAGUCAAUAGCUCUUUUUGUAAUUAUUAUUUAUGUAAUCAAUUAUUUAUAUGGAAAAACCAAAAAUUAUUCGAUUGCUUUAAAGUGGUUUUCCGACAACCGCGAAAAGUUGGAACAACAAUUUGCGUUGGUAGGGGAUGAUGGAACAAGCACUGAAGAAAUGGAAGGCCAUUUAAUUAGAGAAACUGAAUUUUCCUAUACUGUGUGGAGUACUGGAAGGACUGGUUGUAAAGGAAUGCUGACUCAAAUUAAGGUUUAUAAAACUUGUCGGAGGCAUUUUGGAUUUUUGGGGAAAUCACUGGUUUGGGAGAAAAAAGAGUCGGGUUGGGUUCUGGAUGGAUCUAAAUGUUUGGGUAUUGGAUUUCAGCUUCGUAAAAGACAAGAUUUACUUGGAAUUUUGCUCAAUAUAAUCAGACCUCAACCUGACAGAGUUGUUCACAAAAUAGAUAUGGACCCAAAUGAAAUGGAUUCUUUUGUUCUUAUUUUUGGACAAAGAAAAAGUGUUUUGAGGGCUGUGAAGGAAAUGCAUGAUUUGUCAGUUUAUGUGACAGAAAAGAAAAAUUUUGAGAAAUUACAAUUGCUCCCUUCUUUUUGUGUUUAUGCUGAAGUUGCUGAAAUUGUCCCAGCAAUAAUAGAUUCAACAACUGUCCAUUUUCUUAAGCGUUGUGAAAAAUAUAUAGAAUAUGUCCAUAUUUCUGACCAAUAUUCUGGGGCUAAACAACAAGACUUUAUUUUAAAUUCGGACAACGAUGAUACUUCGAUGGACGAACUUUUGUUAAAUUUUACCUUUUAUAUUUUGGAAAGGGUCAAAAAUUAUCGAUUAAGUAAGGAAGGAAAAAUAAGAGCCGAUAGAAAACGACAAAAUGUCCAAGAAAAUUUUCUUAAAAUGACGCACCAACAAAGGCAAGAAGCUGCGCAGAUUCGAAGAGAGGAGAAAACAAGAGAGCGCAAACAAAAAGUUAUGGAAGAGGAAGACCCGGACAGGCAACGUCGUCUUGAAAAAUUGGAACAAAAGCGUGAUGCUAAAGCAAAACAGCCUAGAAUUAAGCAAUUUAAAAUUAAAUAG